CGGCGCGCACGCGCACGCACGCACGCACGUAGCCGGCGGCCGGCGGGGCAGCAGGCUCGCGCCCGGGCUCGCCCCGCGCCGCGCCAGAGGCUCGCGCACUCAGCAGGUUGGGCUGCGGCGGCGGCAGCUGUGGGAGCUGGGGCGCUGCGUGUGUGAGAGGUCCCAGGCGCGUCUGCGGCUCCGGCGCUCUCUGCCUCGCUCAGCCGGGUCUCCGAGCCCGGUGCCGAGGAGGGAACGGCUCCAGCCUUGAGAACCGCGAGCGCCCCACCGGCUGCUUCCGACACCGCCCUCCUUCCCUUCGCGGUCACGGGCCUCGCCGCGUCCUAGGCGGCUGUGCGGGAGGAGGCGGCGACGGCUGCCUGUCUGCGAGCCGAGUCCUGCCCUCAGCGCUGCUCGGACGCCGGGCCCUGCAGGGCCGAGAGAGCGCGGCGCCCGCCCUCCCGCUCGUCGCCCUUUUCGUCCGCGGGUCGGAGCAGCGUGAGUCUGGGAGGUCUCUGGGCUGAGGCGGCGGCGGUAGCAGCAGCAGCAGCUCGUCCGGCUCCAUCAUGUCCGCGGGCGGAGACUUCGGGAACCCGCUGAGGAAAUUCAAGCUGGUGUUCCUGGGGGAGCAGAGCGUUGGGAAGACAUCCUUGAUCACCAGAUUCAUGUAUGAUAGUUUUGACAACACCUAUCAGGCAACAAUUGGUAUUGACUUUUUAUCAAAAACAAUGUACUUGGAGGAUCGAACAAUCAGGUUGCAGCUGUGGGAUACUGCGGGUCAGGAACGUUUCCGUAGCCUCAUUCCCAGUUACAUCCGUGAUUCUGCUGCAGCUGUAGUAGUUUACGAUAUCACAAAUGUUAACUCAUUCCAGCAAACUACAAAAUGGAUUGAUGAUGUCAGAACAGAAAGAGGAAGUGAUGUCAUCAUCAUGCUAGUAGGAAAUAAAACAGAUCUUGCUGACAAAAGGCAAGUGUCAAUUGAAGAGGGAGAAAGGAAAGCCAAAGAGCUAAAUGUCAUGUUUAUUGAAACUAGUGCAAAAGCAGGAUACAAUGUAAAGCAGCUCUUCCGACGUGUUGCAGCAGCAUUGCCUGGAAUGGAGAGCACACAGGACAGAAGCAGAGAAGACAUGAUUGACAUAAAACUGGAAAAGCCUCAAGAGCAACCAGUCAACGAAGGAGGCUGUUCCUGCUAAUCCCACAGAGCAUCUUCAGUCUUUCUCCAGAAGCUCACUGCUUUGCCUCCCUUAUUCUUUCAUUGACUGCAGUGUGAAUAUCGGCUUGAACCCUUCCCCUUCAGUAAUAACGUAUUGCAGUUCAUCAUUGCUGCCUGUCUCGUGGAGAUGAUCUAUUAGCUUCACAAGCACAAAAAAAAGUCAGUGUCUUGAUUAUUUAUAUUUUACGAAAAGCCAAAAAUUCAAGCAUAUUCCAGUGAUAACUUUAAAAUUAGAUACAUUUUCUUAACAUUUUUUCAUUUUUAAUGUUAAUGAUAAUGUACUUCAGAAUGACAGACAUGUCAACAGUGCAUGGCUUGGUUAAGAAGCAGCUAUUCACAGCAGCACUUGCCUACCUAAUUGAUCUCUCCUUACUUUUCUCACCUCUCCCUUACCCAUUCUUACACUCCUUCCUGCAGACAAGAGGUAGCAGGGCAGCAGUCAGACCAAGCCCCAUUGGGAUUACCCUUCAUUUGUCAUCAUACCAUUUGCUCUGGGCCUUAAGCCAACUUACCCAAAAUUAUUCUUGAGCUCUGAUAAACAUGGACUUUCUUUGAGGUUCCAAGCUGGCUAUCAUGGUAGGCAGUACUUGAAUUAGAAAAGGGUUCUGGUGCAGCGUCAGAUGAGUCCUGAUGAAUAUACUGAGUACAUCAACUAAAUGAAAGUAAAGUGUAUUUCUGACUAAGAUAAAUAACCCCUUCACAUGUGCUUUAUUUGACAGGGAGGAAAAGUAAACAAAUCAGAACAGGACUUUAAUGUUUAGUUUUAUGAACUUUUUCUUAUAGGAUUUAAAAAUUGUCAUUUUUAAAUGACUGUUUAUUUUAAAAAGAUUUCUUUUUUUAAGCAAUACAUUUCUCUUGGCCUUUCUUGAUUUCUUGCUUUUUUUUUUUUUUUUCCCCCUUCCUCUUUCUUUUUUAAUGCUAUGUAGGCUAGGCAUUAUAGAAAUCAAAUUUCAUUAAGAAGGACCAUUGGGAGAAUUCAGAUUUUGUACCUUGAUCAAAACUGCUAUGCCCAGUAGAAACUGGUAAUUACAGCAUACCAACAUAACCCUGAGCGGAAUAGCAGAUACUUUGCUCAGGACAUUUGAGGUUAAAUUAAAGCUGGAAAACAGUUUUUUUACAAGUCUCUGGAGGCAGAUCUGAAGAAGGCGUACAACAGAAGAGAGAAAGGAGAGGCUGGAGAUAAAGCUCAGUAGUGUGCGGAUUUAUGCCUUAUUGUUUAGCAUUAUUUUUAAAUGUUGGGUCUUUCAGGCUGGUUUUGCUUUUUAUUAGAUCUGUAUACUUUGGUUAAUUGGGUAGUGAUUUAGUUUUAUAUUUAAGCUACAAUUAACCCUUUCUUCAGUGAUAUUUAUUUCUUUGCCUAUUUUUUAAACUAUUUUCAAUUUUUAGUUGUUUUGUUUGACUUUGAGCUUCAUCACCCAUGGCAAUAUGUCCCUUAAAACACUGUAAACAAAUAUACUAGGAGUGCACCCUUGACUAGUUAUUGUGAGAUUGCUGUGUAAGUUAAUAAACACAUUUGUAAAUAUAUUGUUUGCAGGAAAAAAAAAAAUUCUUGAGUUACAGCUCAGGAAUAACCUGCUGAUUUAUGUUGUAUGCAUUACUUAACACAGUAUAAAGAUGAAAAGACAACAAGAAUAUUAUCAUACUUCCUUAUCCUCUCACUGCAACAAAAUCCUUAAUAGGGAGAACUGUAUCACCCCCCCCACCCAACCAACCACUUAUUGUCACCUUGUAAUAUUCAGAGAGCACUUGGAUUAUGGGUCUGAAUAGAGAAAUGCUUUCAGAUAAUCAUUAGCCCACAUACCAGUAACUUAUACUUAAAGAUGGGAUAUAGUUGUAAAGUGCUUUUAUAAUACAAUAUUAUUGUUAAAGGCAAGGGUUGACUCUUUUGUUUUAUUUUGACAUGGCAUGUCCUGAAAUAAAUAUCAAUUCAAUAUGUCA